CUUUGCCGUUGUAGAACGGAUCACACGAUGUACUCACAGGCACUGGACUGGCGUGGGUGCUACUGGAUUCCUCCUGCGCUCUGAGACCGAGGUCAGGUGUGAGAAGGUGCAGGGGUUGCUCGAGACUGACGCACAUCGCACAAUAUAGAAUGCCGAAGCCAUUUCGAAACCUGCUCAUUUUAACAUUGAUAAUGACGGCGUCAUGUCUCGAUGUGACGAAGAACGAUGCCAACACGACGACAACGGAGACGUCUACGUUGAUGAAUACAUCCAGAACGACAAUCGCUACCGAGGAAAAUGCAUCGCCGUCAUCCUCAUCUUUCCCCUUCGAUGUGGUUUGGGAGUGUCCAAAUAUUACAAAAGCGGGCGUGGAAUGUUCCUGCGACUUUCCACAUACGCUCAGAUGUACUGGCGAUAGAACGGCGCUACAAAUCAUCAGCGAGCAUUUGAAACGUAACCGACCGGACACGAUAUCGCUGCUGGAUGUGACCGUGACAGGGAUCUCCAUAUUGCCGGCACGCUUCUUCGAGGACAUCGCGCUUCACGGACUGGUCGUCUCUACCGGCGAAUUGAGACGCGUCCACGAGAACGCGUUCACAGCAUUGGCACGGCCGUUACAGGCGCUUGGAUUGCCCAACAAUCUUCUAGAUUCGGUUCCCACGACCGCGCUAUCGCAUCUGAUCGGUUUAGAUCGAUUGGAUCUGUCCCAUAACAAGUUGAAGACGUUAGAAGCGGACUCGUUUGAGGGACUGUCAAGCCUGACUUAUUUAGAUUUGUGCGACAACCUGCUGUCACAAUUAUCGCCGCAAGUUUUCCUGGCAUUGCCAAUAUUACGUUCGCUGAGAAUGCGCGGAAAUCGCCUAAGCGUUUCUGCGUUAUCCGCGCUCAGGGGUCUCAAACGCUUGGAGGAACUAGAUUUAUCGAGUAAUUUACUGCUAGGUCCAAUGAGUCCCAAUUUGCUACCACAAAUGCCCAGACUACACUUCCUCACCGUGUCGGAGAAUGGUCUUGUCAACGUUCAGCAAGGAGCUCUUAUGGGUCUUAGGAAUCUUACUUAUUUAAGCUUGAGUCACAAUCAGAUUGACGUGUUGGAGGAUCACUCGUUUAAGUACUUGUCAACUUUGACGCGGUUGGAUCUAGCGAAUAAUCGCAUCGUCGCUGUAUCCAGUGCCUCCCUAGCGCAUUUAGAGAAGCUAACCACUUUAGAUUUAACGCACAACUUUUUACGAGCGUUGACGGCCGAUUUAGUGGUGCCGCUAAAAAGUUUGCAGGACUUACGACUAGAUGACAAUGAGAUCACGAUCGUAGCAAGCGACGUACCGACAUCGAAGCUGCGUCUCAAGCGACUCUCACUUGCUGACAAUCCGUUGAAUUGCGACUGUACUCUACUGGAAUUCGCCAACUGGCUGACAAACUCCAGCCUGUUAGAGGAAGACAAGUCGUCGGCAGUGUGCGCGACACCGCCCGCUCUGGAAAACGGCAUCCUGACGCAAGUACCGCCGGGCAGUUUGCUCUGCGGUGAACCCACGCCGUCCAUGAUGACUCAACCGCCCCUGGCGAAAAUGCAACUAAGUCUUAAAGAGUUCCGUUAUGACGAAUCGACCGGCAUUAAUUUAUUGUGGCAUAUGGAGCAAUGUAUCGAGCAUUAUACUUGCGACUCGCUCAUCAUUUAUGAAACAAUCGACGACAGCGAAGUCCAGACGGAAUCUAGUCCGUUGCAUUGCGAUUCCCGGAUGAUGCGAGAUCCCUGCACUCUGCCGGUCACCAUACCUUCUGUGCAUCUACAAUUAGGUCAUAAAUACCGUUACUGUGUGGUCCUAUUGGUAUCCACUGCCUACGACGACAUGUCGCUCGGUCUCGAUUGUAGCGAUGUUAUCGUCUUGGAGGAAACUUUGAAACGGCGGAAGAUAGCAACGGAAGAGCAGUCGCCAAACGAAGAACAUCGUCAUCCUUCGACGUCUUCGACGCAGUCGCCUCUUGGCUCUUAUCCUCAAAUUACCGACGUCCACGUGAACGUAUCUGAUAAAGGUAAUCUGCACAUAGAUGUAGUUCUUUCUAGAACAAAGGAGAUGACCCUCGCAUCAUCGGUCUGCGAAUUAUCUAUUGUCGUGUUUGACGAAAUUUCCGCAAUUCAUCGGCAGAGGCUCAACUGCAGCAUCACCUUCGUCACUGACGUAGAAGUAUCGUGGCCAGGUUACUAUAAGGUAUGCGCCAGUCUGGACGAACACGCUGACGUGACUCUUGUUAUGUCCAACAACCUGAUAAAUGAUCGUGAAAGAUUUCGUUGCGUCGAAGUAGUUGAGCAGGGCUAUAGUAGACAAAACGCUGAGGUGUUCGUUGCAGUGGCUGUGGUUGCUGUGACCGGCGUCUUUCUCAUCGCUCUCAUUAUGCUUGGUCGCAGCCUUGUUAAACGGCUGCGGCAUCCCAGAAUUCAGGCGCAGUGCUUUCUACCGGCUCAGGAAUUCGAGAUCACCCACAAGGCACAUUAUAUUAAGCUUUUGGCCACAACAAAAGUUUAACGCCAACCGGAUACUGAUGACGAAUCUACAACAUUAUUCAUGUAGAAUUAAAAAUUUAGAAUUUAAAAAUUAAAAAAAAAUAUAUGUAUAUAUAUAUAUAUAUAUAUAUAUAUGUACAAUAGGUUUUAAUGUGAGUCAAUUUAUAUAGGGAUGUUUUUUUUUAUAAAAAGUAAUGUCUGUUCUAUAGAUUAAAAAUAUUUCUCGAUGUAUCUAUCUAAACAUCUCAUAGACAUAACGAACUAUUUCUACAAUAAAUUUUACUCAAUAUUUUUAUAUAAAUUUAAUAAAACAGGAGGGACGGGAAGAGAGUUGAAAAUACACGCCGGCUCUGCGAGCGAUGUUGAAAGAGGAAAGAUUAUCCUCAUUUUUUGUAAUAUAUAUUUAUAUAUAUUUACUAAUUCCGUUUGUAUGUUUAAAUACUGUAAAUAUAUGACUUUUUAAUCGUU